UCCAUCUGUCUCUAUCUCCUUUCCUACACGUGUCCCCUCCUCUCAAUCUCAUCAGUCAAUUCAUCAUCCUUCUUCUUUCUCUCUCCUACCCUCGCCUCCAAAAUCAUAGGAUUGUGAAAUCAUCAUCCCAAAACCCUACCUAAAACCUUACAUUCUUUUCUUCGAACUAUAAGCAAAAUAUCAUUAACAUUUCUUAAUAAACCAUGAACUUUUGCUUCAGUCCUACUUACGUGUAACACAUCCAUAACCUUCAACCCUUCAGCCUCGCAGGAUGGAAGAUUUCGAUCCUGGUGAUGAAGAGUACUGGGAUAUGGAGGAUUUUGAGGGUUACUCAAAAUGUGAUGAGAACAAUAGCAAGUUAAGUAGGAUAUGGAGAAAAGGGGUAAAUUUGGGAAAGAAAAUGGUGGUGACUGGUGUUGUGGUCUCGUCUGCUCCCUUUGUUCUUCCUCCUCUCGUUGCUUUAUCAGCUAUUGGGUUUGCUUUCUCCGUACCAGCUGGCUUUGUGUUUGUCACAUAUGCAUGCGGUGAGAAGCUUUUAAAUAUUUUGCUGCCAAUGCCUUCUUCAACUCCUUUUGAGCCGAUGUAUAGUGACGAGGAAGAGUACGGGGUUUAUGGAGAUGACGUUCACAGGGGGUAUGAAGAAGAUGCAGACACUGAAGGUGCAUUAAAUGAAUUUGAAGAGGAUACUAGAAAUGGAAUAGAUAUCGAGGAUAUUGAAGUUGAUUCGAAAGAAUAUGAAGAAGAUACUAAACAUGGGACAGAAAUGAGGAUUGAAUUUGCCGAUGAAAAUGAUAAAGAAAUUGAUGAUCACGAUAGAACACCCAUCGGUAAGGAUGGACUAGAUGAAGGGUCCCUAAAAGUGAGUGAGGUUGUUGAAGAAGGGGGGUAUGAGGAAGAUGUUGGGGAAUACAUGGAUGAUGAGGAGCAACAUCUAGAGUCAAAAGCAAUUCCCGAGAUACUAGAAGGGAUCCAAGAGGCAGAAAGGGAGAUUUCUUUGAUGGAGAAUGAAGAGGGUAGGAUGCCAAGAGACUCACUAAGGGCAGUUGUAGUAGCAGCUCAUGUUGACGGGGAGAAUGAGAACAAUGUUGAACAAGUAACGGAAGACAUGGCCUUUGUACCACCAAGCGACAUUAAAGAAGAUGACAAGCACAGGGGAAAUUUUGCUGGCAUAGAAGAGGACGAACUAAGAAGGGAGACAACGGGAUUGAUUGAAGAAAUGAGGGAGGAGGGUAAAACUGACCAGAAAAGUGAAGACAGUCCAGCAAAGGAGACACCUCAAGAAAACAGGGGAGUUCCUGUGAAGGAUUUGUCUCAAGACAAGGAAAAUUUUAACCUCACCGCCAUUCCUGAAGAAGUUGGGCCAGCCACAAAUGAUGGUGGAGUGAUAGAUGGCCUCAAAAGUGAUGCAGAUUUAAGUCAUACAAGCAUUAGAGGAGAUGAGAGUGGAUUAAUGCGAGAAGAACCAAAAUCUGUGGUAGAAGAUCAGGUUGUGGUAAAUGUGAAGAUAGAUGGUGAUCAUACUGUUACUGAUGUUCACCAAGGAACCAGUUCAGAUAAGCUGGGAACCUUGUUAUUUUCUAAUGAAGAUGCAACUGGAACAGCUGGUGAGAGUGGGUUUGAUGUGUCUGAUAAAGGAACUGUGGCUCCUGAGAGAAUUUCAGAUUCAUUGGACCAGAUGCCUGAAGGAGAAAACCAAUCUUUAAGCAAAGCGGUCGAAGUAACUGUUGAGUACCACGAGGUUGUGAUUGAGUCUGUGAUGCCUGUGUCUGAACAUGCAGAUAUUGCGCUGGGCAUAGGAACUACUGCUGGUCCAGAGAAGGUAAAAUUGGAAGAGGAGAAAAUUUGGGAGCAAAUUAAUGCUAUGAGAACUAUAGUGGGGUACACUACCACUCCUCAACCUUCAUACGCGGAGGAGCUUAAGGCUCUUUAUGUUUUUACUGGGGUCGAGCCACCAGCCUCGUCGAAGAACCCAGCUGAUCUUGCAGAUAUUAACGAAAAGCUUCACUUUCUUAUGUCGAUAGUCGGUGUCAAGUAGAUUGUUCUCUUAAAUUAGAAGUUAGACAUUUUUUCUUCCAGUUGUCUAUGUUUUUCUUCUUGACAACUUCGACUAUUCCUGUAUUAGGACUUAGAAUAGAAGUCAUGUAGUUUGGUUUGUUGUCACAGAAAAAUAAAUAAAAUGUAGCUUGUUGUUUGCUUAA